AACAAGGAAUUCAGUAAAUAAUGGGGAAGCAAAGUAAAACGAAGAAGCAGGAAAUCGUCGGAAAAGGAAAAGUAACACCAGUUCAGAUCGCCUUCAUUGUCGAUCGAUAUCUCUCCGACAAUAAUUACAUCCAGACGCGCUCCAAUUUCCGAUCCGAAGCAUCGCAUCUAAUCGCCAAAUCACCCGUUCAAGAAGCUCCGAAGAGCUUGUUGAGCUUGGCUGCGAUUUUGGAUGAGUACGUCACACUCAAGGAGCAGAAGGUGUUGGUUGAUCAAGAGCGUCAACGAAUCGAACACGAGAAAUUGCGUGUUCAGAAUUUGCUCAGCGGAAUGCAGGAGGCUAUGAACGCUUAUAAUACCCCUCCCCCACCGCCCUCGGCAGGCUAUUAUCGAAUGUACAACACUACUCCGGCUAUGAUAUCGGCAUCUAGGCUGUCCAAUACGAGGAACAUUUGCACGGAUUACUCCACUCCAAUCACUAAUCAAGCACCAACUAAAAGAAAAGAAACCAAACAUGCCUCAGAUGGUCCUGCAGCUUCCAAGAGAUCUCGUACGAGUACGCAGUCCAAAGAUGCUAACAUAGUUACACAAUCAAGCAAUGCUAAAAUGAAUCAAGAAAUGGCUGUGAUGAAUUCUGCUGCUCAGUCGUUUGCGUUUGCUAAUGCCACCAGCGGAUCACCAGCUCAGGGAUCCAACGUUGUGAAAUGUUUAUUCAACCAAGAAAGUCCAGCAUCACGAGCCAAUUCAUCUGUCCCUAAAACACCCCCACGAGCAUCUACUACUUCUCAACCUGAAAAAUCCGCUUCUCCUUUAGAAAUUUCAACUGCUACCUCGAGUAAAGAUGUUGCUCCCCAACAGAUUAUCUCUGCUAACUGCACUAUAAUCUCCUCAGAGACCAUUCGCGUGAGCCCCAACAAGCAAAUAGCUUAUUACUCAAUAGAGAAAAACCAAAUCACUUGCUCGCCUCUUAAGUCAAAUUUGAAGAGGACUAACGUGAACGGCCAUGUUAAGGGAAGGCUUGACUUUGGCUCUUCUGAAAUGCCAAUGGUCACGGAGAAUCAGACAACUGAUGGCAACUCAACAUCUGAAUCUGAGAAAAAAGGAGAUAUUCUUGACUUGGAUUUUCCAAACUUAGAUAGCCUUGGUUUGGAUUUCAACCUUUCAGAGUUUCUGUUGGACUUUGAUAUUGGAGGUGACUUGCCUUUAUCUUCAGGUCAAGAAUUUGCUGCUUCACCAGAUUCCUGUUCAGGGUCUGGAAAAAAUGAAAUAGGCACUACACAAAUCACAUCAGAAUACUCAUCAACCAUGGCAGGACUUAUAGGGGAUACAAAUAUGAACUUAGUUGCAGGGAUUGAUCCUGUUUCGUCUACAAGAUCUGUUACAAAAUGUAUUACAAUUGUCAGUCCUGUAAAAAAUCAGAGAAGGAACUUUGCUCAGAAUUAACUUAUCCGAUAGGCCAUGAUGGGCUCGAGAAAGCCUCUUCAUUCCGAUAACACUGACAUUCACAUUUGCUAUUUAAGAUUUGCUAGGAUGAUUAUUUUUUACUGCAUUAUGUGUAAAUGCACUAUAAGUAUUCAUACGUAGUAUUUUCAUUUGGUUCAAACAUUAACGGUGUAUAGGCAGGAAACUAGCAAUGCAUGAAUGAAAUAUUUUCUUGUCUG